UUCUCUCCCGUUCUCCCCCUUGUAUAUACUCGGUGUGCUUCUCGAGGGUCUGCGCUGUUCGAUGAUCGCAAAGGGAGUUCGAGUCGUGCGGCGAUGCAUCAGUCGCUCAAUCUUCUCCUUGCCUAUUCCGGCUUAUUUCAACUUUUUAUUUGAUCGCUCUCUCGCCUCAAUUCGGAUUCUAACGCGCGCGAACUGAGCGAUCGACCCUCGAUCCGUUUUCUUUCUCAUUCUCUUCGAGUAUGAGCAAUAACGCGACCCUAUACUGUUUCGUCUUUCUCCCAGCAAUACCGUUGUUAACUUUCAAACUCUGAAAUCGAACGAUGCUACGCGCUGACUCGAUUUUUCAAGCUUGCCUGCCCUUGCUCCAAAAAUGUUAUAUUUUUCAUUUUUGUGACAAAAAAGAUAGUGAAAUAGACGCAAUAGUGCGCGUUUUCUAAUUGAUCGCGAUCGCGAUGACCGCUCAUUAUUUUCAUCGCCUCCGCGAAUAAACGCACGUUCAAGAAUAUUUGAGAACUGAUCGAACAACAGAGGAAGGAAUAGUGUCGGUGCGUGACAGUGCGAAGAGAGCGCGGACGCUUAGCCGCAGUUCCGAUGAUGAUAUUAUGGUAGAAAUUGAAAGAAAUAUGAGGAGAGCAGGGAUUAGAAAAAAGUUGAACGCGUAACGAGUGAAUAAAAUGAUGAAAAAAACGAUUGUCGCGUGCAUCGCGAGAAAAGAUUGUACGGCAUCGAUAACUGAAUAUAGUUAUAUAUGCGAGUCGAAGUAGCGAGAAGGAGGAUCCGAGGAGCUUGCGCAUUGCCUAAUCCCGCGUGAUCGAAAAACAAGACGACGCAAUUAUUUGCUUUCUCCUUGCUCACCGCGCGAUGCUAUGCGAUGCGCGAUAUGUUGAAUAACGAACGCGCGCAUCCAUUUACCAGAUAAAAAUAUCGCGAUCGCAGACGCAGCCGCGUUGGAAAGCGCCGCGCGGGAGCAUCGUUUCGUGGUGAAACUCGCCUCGCAAUAUCCCAAUUAGCUGCUGUACAGCUGCGCUUGACACAGAGCUCGUCGGAGGAAUAAGGAGGAGGAUGAAGGAAAGAUUGGGAGCCUUAUUGUCGUACGGGCGGUGCUUCGCUGACGCGAGAGCGCUCCGUCCGUAGCCCUCUGACAGACUUCUGUCAAACCAGAAAUCGUGCCAGCGGAUUCGAGUUAAUGCGCGUAUGGAGAAUGAAGAAUAGUUGGGUCGACGGCGGCGGUUCGUAACGCGCGGAUUACGCGACGCGGUGGCGGGUGGCGGUUUUGCGGUUGUGUGACGUCGCGAGUUGACAUGGAUGUGCCGGUGUUCCCGGCGCCCCCGACGCUCGACGGGGCUGGAACGACGCUCAGAAAGGUUCCGGACGUCGGAACAACAACGAUUACGAACGAAACGAUCGGUGAUGAUGAUCGAACCGAUCGUCAUGUACCAUUAUCCGGUGGGAAUACUAUUAUUGGUAUCGAUUCUUCCGCGUUUGCUAACGACCAUCGUCAUCGGCGGCGACGAUUCCAUCGCGUCGGACGUUUCGUCAACUCGAUACAUCCAAAAAUAACGAGAGAAACCGAUAAAACGCGUGCCAGGAUAACCGAGUUCAGAGUGAAAAUGACCGAACGACGCGAGGACGACGACGACGAGGACGAUGCCGACGUCGUGUGUGCUUCGGUUACACCGCCGGCGGACUCGGUCAAAUCGAGAACAAUGUCGGCAGACUCGUCGAUUCGAGCAAAAGAUGAAAUAAUGGAAGAAAGAAGGAGAGCAACGAGAACAACUGGUAUUCAAACGGAUUGCGCCGGUGGACCGUACAGAUUAAAAGUGUUGCCCUCUCUCAGAGACUUUGCGGCGGUAGAUACGAGUACUGAGAAUUCGGAUCGCGGAAAAAAAUCAUGGCGAAUUUGUUGGCACCUCAGAUUUUUGGGCAGGCUCUCUCUCUGUCAGUUUGGUUUAGCGUGGCUAUUGAUUUUCUGGACAAUGACAGGGGCUGCCUCGUUUUACGCGACCGAAGGUCCGAGAGAGCGCGAACAAGUCCUCGAGCUUAAAGAUAUGCAGAGAGAUUUGGCGGUUGGUUUGGCGACAGAACUUCGUCAAUUGAAGGCUGAGGAACAAGAAAUGGAGCCGCUCUGGAGCAACAAGGUGCGUCAGUACGUCGUUAAACACGAAAAAUUAUUGUUGGCCGCUGUCAACUCGGGAUACGGCGAGGGUGGCGACGGAGCUGGACAACUCUGGACCUUUCCCGGAUGUAUACUUUUCUCAAUAUCCCUCAUCACCACACUCGGUUUCGGGGCUCCCGUGCCUCGAACGACGCCAGGCAGAACGGUUGCGGUUGUUUUCGCCGCUAUCGGUAUUCCGGCGCAUUUCCUACUUAUUCUCAACCUCGGCCUCCUUCUUGCAAUGCGACUACAAAGAUACGCGGUCAGAAGGAAGUACAACCUCCGGAAUGGAAUUGAAAAGUCCGAGAUGACCCCGGUACCAAAGUGGGUCAAGGUCGUUCCGUUUUGUUGCAUCGGUGUAUACUACACGAUAGGGAUACUGUGUUUCGGUGCAGCCAGAUCAAGACCCUUUGCGGCGAGUUUGUUGUUUCCUUUGGAUUUUACGGCUGCCGGUGGUUUAGCAACGACUUCGGGUCUGGUGAGAAUAAUGUACGGUAUUUAUCUGGAAGGUGCGGUUACGAUAGCGGCUGUCGCAGUUGCGGUUCUUCGCGUGUCCGCGACCCAGAGCUUGACCAAUAUUGGCCUCAAAUACGGUCUGCUCACCGGGGCUUAACGUUGACAGACGUUGCUCGACCUCAACACGGCCGAUAAACGACGAUCGAUACUUACAACGCGGCGCGUAUCUAAAAUAAAGUAAGAAAAGAAAACGAGUUACGAGGCGGCCUAUAUGUAUACAGGGUGAAUCAUUUAACGUGACCACUUCGAAUAAUUCCUAAAACAAGCGUUGUAUGAAAAAAAUGUUCAGACAAAAGUUACACGGUUUCGAGGGACACAUUAUGUGGUACAUAUGUUGUUUUGAUGGAUGGAGACGUUUCGAAGAU